CCAAGAUGGCGGAUAAAAAGGCUGAUUCUGGAAGUGAAUCUGACAGUACAGAGGAGCCUGUUGUUGGCAAUGUGAACAAAUUUGCUGUUGUUCCACCAGGAUUCACUGGGAGACCUAAGAAAGGCCACUUGAUCUUUGAUGCAUGCUUUGAAUGUGGAAAUCUUGGUAGAGUGGACUACAUAACCGAGUUUGAGUAUGAUUUGUUCAUCCGCCCAGACACAUGCAAUCCUAGGUUUCGUGUGUGGUUCAACUUUACAGUGGAAAAUGUUAAAGCUGACCAGAGAGUUAUAUUUAACAUAGUGAACUUCAGCAAAACCAAGUCUUUAUACAGAGAAGGGAUGUCUCCAUUUGUGAAGUCAACGAGUAGACCUAAGUGGGUUCGAGUACCUGCCAAGCAUGUUUACUACUACAGAUGUCCAGAUCACAGAAAGAACUAUGUCAUGUCAUUCGCAUUCGUAUUUGAUCGAGAUGAUGACGUCUACCAGUUUUCUUAUUGCUACCCCUAUUCCUACACUCGCCUUCAGAACUACUUGGACAAUCUGGAGAAGAGAAACAUGGACUUCUUUACACGAGAAUUGUUAUGUCUCACAGUGCAACAGCGGCGGUUGGACCUGAUAACCAUCACACAUCCAGACAAUCUGUAUCCGGAGGAGACAAAAAGGAUUGUGUUCUUGACAGCACGGGUCCAUCCAGGAGAGACGCCAGCCUCGUUUGUAUGCCAAGGUUUUAUGGACUUUUUAAUAGGCAAUCAUCCAGUAGCUAAAACAUUACGAGAACACAUUGUGUUCAAAAUAGUUCCCAUGUUGAACCCAGACGGAGUCUACCUUGGAAACUACAGGUGCUCGUUGAUGGGUUUUGACCUAAAUCGUCACUGGCAGGAACCCUCCCCCUGGGCCCACCCGACAUUGUACGCCACCAAGAACCUGCUUAUGGAGUAUGACAGGGACGAGAAACUGAUUGUAGACUUCUUUAUUGAUCUACACGCCCACUCAACGCUGAUGAACGGCUUUAUGUACGGAAACACAUUUGAAGAUAUCGAUCGCUACGAGCGACAGUCAGUAUUCCCGAAACUGCUAUGCGGCAAUGCGGAGGACUUCUCCCUCGCGAACACAAACUUCAACCGUGACGCUGUAAAGGCUGGAACAGGAAGAAGGACUCUGGGUGGAUGCCUGGAUGACAAUUCUCACUGCUACACACUAGAGGUAUCCUUCUACAGCUACCAGACCAGCUCCACGGGCCAGGCCAUGCCCUAUACAGAGGAGGGAUAUAUGAAGCUAGGAAGAAACCUUGCUCGCACGUUCAUAGACUACUACAAGCUGGCGGGAGUAGUCAGUCAAAAACCCAGCAGCAGCAUCGUACCAAAACCUGGUGCCUACAGAAUACGUGACCGCAACCAGCAGGAUCGCUCAGAAACUGCUUAUGAUGAAAAACCACCAAUGAGUAGCCAGGAUGACCGACAGACAGGCUCUCGAAGACCAUACAUGUACACACGACAGUCGGACCUAUCCAUAAAUAGCACAAGCAAUUUUAACGAUGUGUCCACAAAUAUUCGACUUCAACUUCGGGAGCGUGAAAAAGAACGCAAACAGUACUGAGCAUUUCGUGUAUAUUUCCAUAAGACAAAUGCCCUAAUGGGCACCAAAAGGGUUAAAAUUCCUGGCUCCAAUUUCAAGUGUUACAACCUUAUUCUGUAUCUUAUUUCAUUUAGCCAAAUGACUUUAACUUGAUAGAACAAAAUAAGGAAUCGUUGUUUUCAUUAAGAUAAUUUCCUUGAACAAUCUCAAAACUCAGUUCUCAUAUACAUCACCAAUUUGUUUACACUACAACUGCUGAUGUCAUUAAUGUUAAUGUUCAAAGAAGGUUAAACACUAAAUUCCCUCACUUGCACAUUGUUCUCACAACAUAUUUCACAAAAUGAAGCACAAACUAUUGUAAAGUGUGUCUUGAUAGAGGCUGCAGUUGAUCCUGCAGUUAAAAGACAUAUGUGAAAUAAAGAAGAGUUUUUGAUAGAAAAUUAGAUAAAAAAACUUUUAAGAAACAAAAUAGAAAUUAUAUGCAUGAGAAUUAUUAUAAUGCAAGUACAUUAAUAUACAAAAAUGUAUAAAUAUAUGUGAGUAUUUUCCUGCAUUAUCCCAUUAGUUACACUGUCAUGUUUCCCACAUAUAUGAUCUAUUUCCUUCUGUUAGAUUAUUGUGAUACUUUAGUUGCAAUUUUGUAUGUUUAAACAUGUUACAUUGGGCUGUUUAUAAUGAAAAACCAGAUCUCUAGUGAUCAAAAUUGGCACAUACUUGAAAAUCAAGCCUUGGUUUGUAAACAAAAAUAAUCUGGGUUUGUAAUAUUUGUUGGUAUAUAUUUGGGCUUGUGGUUAAUAUAUUAUGAAAUGUAUAUUGUUCAGGCUUUUUUGAGAAAAUCUUUUCUUCUGUGACCGAAUCACUCACUUCUUCGACUAUGAAAACAGUCACCGAUUUCUGAACAAUUUAAAAAUGAACCGUGACAUACAGAUAUGAUCAUAUGAGGCUUGUCCAGGCUCAGAAAUCUGUUGCUGUCAAGUUUUUAAAGGGCCAUUAAUCGGCAAACUAUGAAACAUAUUUCACAUAGAAAAACUUCAACCACUUUAAAAUUAUCCUUGAUCUUUUCAAACAUUUCACACCAAUGGCAUUCUAUUUUUUUAGUCAUUAGAUUUGAUGCUGUCAUAUUCAAUGCUUGCAACAUAUUUAUGAUAAGAUCCUUCUUUGCCGGUCGCUGUUGUACUUAUGUGUGAAAUUGUGAAUACCACGAUGAGAAGAAUUCCUUUUUAGCAUGUGGUUAAAAGACGACCAUUUUAGAUUUUUUGUUUCUUACAUUAUGUUGUUGGUGUUUUUCUUCUAUAUUUUAUUUUUUAAACGUUUGUAUGACAAAGUGGACUUUUACUGUGUAAAGACUUUACCUUGACAAAUGAAUUUUGCCAUAGUUCAUUUUGUGAAAGUGAUAUUUUUCAAAUUGUACAUAACUUAUGACAAAAAAUUUGUGAUAUACAUGUGAAUGUGAUAUUUUGUCGACUGUUUUGUAUUUUGUAUAAAAUAUGAAUGUUGAAUGAAUAAAAACGACAGGAAAUCUA